AUUGUUUUUGUUUGCACACGAAGUAAACAUUGCAAACGUAUCAUCUGCACACGAUUUACGGAUUCCCAAUUGAUAUAAAUAUGUAGCCAUUGAACCACUCGGCCAUACUCAAAAUAUCUUUACAAACAGUUCCACGUCGUUUAACAGGAAAUAUAUCUAGGAUGUCUGACGGUGUCGCCAUCUGCUCAUUGGAAGAAUGUAAAAACCAAACAUGCUGCGAUACUGCCGGCUGUAAAUGUGAUGGAACAUGCCAAUGUCCUACAUGUGGAGUUAGAUGCUAUUGUUCUGGUUCAUGUACUUGCGGCAUAGGGUGCACAGGAUUUUCCGAUUGCAAGUGUGCUGUUGGCGCCUGUGGCUGCAGACCGACAAACUCCGCUAAAUCUUAGCCAGAGGACCGUUGUCAUAAUUCAGUGUUUACGUGUUGUCAUUCCUUCGUUUUGUUGACAAUGUUCGUGUGCUACUCAACAUUUCACUUCAUCUCAUGAACAUUUAAUGUCCUGUUAGAAAAUGAUCAAAAACGUAUUUCCGAAUCCUCGGAAUUUGUUGUAAAUAUUAAAUUUGUUAUUAUUAAAUAAACAUAUUAUAGUGA